CCCUACUUACCUAAAUUUGGUUAGGUCUGUUCGGCAGAUCUCGCACAUGACAGUCAAAUUACACACUGUCAGGACAGAGACGGAAAAGCGCAUUUGGAAUGUAGCAUAGUUGCGUCUUCAAUGAAAACAUCCAAUUCAUGACGUCUGCUGAUGCGAAUUGUUUGCAUUCGUAGCUGAUUUGCUUCCCGAGACUCGAUAAAUGUGGUUGUGUGAUCGCUGAGUUAUGUUUCUGUCGGUAUUGAAACGAUGAUAGAAAACCAAGAGGACACAAUGGGUGAAAAUGCAUGCAGUGGUAUAAAUGCGCAUCUGCCCCCGCCCGAGGUUGUCUCUCCGUCGUCGUCAACGCGUCCACACGUUGGCCACCAGACAGCCGAUAUGAGGAGCAGCGGAUAUGUUCAUUCAAUGUACGAAAAACGAAUGGCUGAUUAUUUGAUAACUGGCGGGACAGGCUAUGUCCCUGAUGAUGGUUUAUCUGGUGCCCUUCUAUUUGGAGAUGGUCAUGGCCUGACAUACGAUGAUUUCCUCAUUCUUCCUGGUUUCAUAGAUUUUGCAGUCACUGAAGUGGAUCUGACAUCUGCAUUGACGAAGAAAAUCACAUUGAAUGCUCCCCUUGUGUCAUCCCCUAUGGAUACUGUCACAGAGUCUAAAAUGGCUAUAGCAAUGGCUCUCUGUGGCGGAAUUGGUAUUGUUCAUCAUAAUUGUACACCCGAGUUCCAAGCAAAUGAAGUGAGAAAAGUAAAGAAAUAUGAACAAGGUUUCAUAUUGGAUCCUGUCGUCAUGUCCCCUCAACAAACGGUAGCACAAGUCAUAGAAGCCAAAAAUGCACAUGGGUUCUCUGGAUUCCCGAUCACAGAGAAUGGGAAAAUGGGGAGCAAACUGGUUGGGCUUAUCACACAGAGAGAUAUCGAUUUCUUACCAGAAGAAGAACACAAUACAUUCAUAUAUAAGGUUAUGACCAAGUUAGAAGAUCUUGUCGUCGCACCAGCUGGUAUUACUCUAAAAGAAGCUAACCAAAUACUGCAGAAAAGUAAAAAAGGUAAACUGCCAAUAGUGAAUGAGAGCGGGGAAUUAGUGUCCAUCAUCUCAAGAACCGAUUUAAAGAAGAAUAGAGAAUUUCCACUUGCAUCAAAAGACAACCACAAACAGUUAUUAGUAGGCGGUGCCAUCAGUACGCAUGAAAAUGACAAGGGUCGACUGGACGCGUUAGCUCAAGCCGGUGUUGAUGUGAUAGUAUUGGAUUCUUCCCAAGGCAACUCUGCGUAUCAAAUCAACAUGAUCCGUUUCAUCAAACAAAAAUACCCAGAACUUCAAAUUAUUGGAGGGAAUGGUGAGUUUGUGACUGCUGCCCAGGCCAAGAACCUUAUUGAUGCUGGGGUCGAUGCUCUACGUGUUGGGAUGGGAAGUGGCUCGAUAUGUAUUACACAGGAAGUGAUGGCUGUUGGACGUCCACAGGGAACGGCUGUUUAUAAAGUAGCUGAGUACGCCCGGCGCUUUGGUGUCCCCGUGAUAGCUGAUGGUGGUAUACAGACUGUUGGCCAUGUGAUCAAAGGUCUUGCACUCGGGGCAUCCACUGUGAUGAUGGGCUCCCUACUCGCAGGAACCUCGGAAGCACCAGGGGAAUAUUUCUUCGCCGAUGGCGUCCGCCUGAAAAAGUACCGUGGCAUGGGCUCUCUUGACGCUAUGGAGGUCAGCAAGUCCAGUGCGAUGAGAUAUUUCAGUGAGAAUGACAAGAUCAAAGUAGCUCAAGGUGUCUCUGGUAAUAUCGUCGACAAGGGGUCUAUCCAUCGCUUCGUUCCAUAUCUGGUUGCUGGAAUCCAACAUGGCUGCCAGGAUAUCGGUGCUAAGAGUCUGUCCAUUCUGAGAUCUAUGAUGUAUUCUGGGGAAUUGAAGUUUGAAAGACGAACGGUCUCUGCUCAAGUAGAGGGUGGUGUUCAUGGAUUACAUUCCUUCGAAAAAAGGCUUUACUAAUCUGAAGUGGCGUCCCAUCAGUUCCAACAGCUCCACAAGCCGCAUGCACGAUUGUUCAGUGAUGCGCUACAUCAUGCCGGAGGAGGAUUUAAAAUGAAUAUAAGUGCAUUUUCUGAGGUAUCGACAGCUUUUCGAAAGAUUCUUCAGCAUGAAACUCUAAGAUCGGUAUUUCGUGGAUUCUAAAGACUGUAUACUCACAUGUAUUCACACUGAGGAUCAGAUUAGAGCUUUGCACUCAGUUUGUGGUGAAAUAUCAGGAUGUUGAAAACGCCAGCUCUGUAAGAACUGUAAAGAUACCAAAUAUUCUCAACGUGGCCAGUGCUGGAUGGUCCAUGUGGCAUCAUGUAAGGUCAAAUAAUGGGAAAAUGUAAAAGACUUAACAUCAUUAUUAGCUCCUAUUGUCAUAAAGUUUGAUUUUACUACAGUGGCAGACCGCAGCGGUUUACCGCAGGGGCUCAACUUUAAAUACUAUACGUAGUAUUUUUUACAACAAAUAAAUAAUACCUAUUAAAGUCCUUUCAUCAAAACUGAUGUCGACAUUGCAUUUUCUAACUUAGUUGCAAGAACGGUUAAAUUUGGAUAAUUGGAAAUUGUUCCAACAAAUGGUUCUUGCUACAUUGUGAACCUUCUGUGAAGAUAGUAAGUCUUUCAGGUGACAGAGGCAGUCCCUAUUUUUUGGUCUACGCUAUUUGAAACAAACCGUCAUUUCAAGUCUUGUGGUGUCUGUAUUUUCUUUUGAACUUUUGGAAGGUUCAAGUUUGGUACUUAUUUUGAAUUUCUGUUCUUAGUUGAGAUGUUUAUUACCAGACACGUUUAUUGUAUGUCAGAUUGGACUCACAAAGAAGGGUAAAUCUUGUGUACAUGCAAAUUACAUUUAUCAUCUGGCUCUUUUAUAACAUACAACUGGUCUGUACUUAUCAACAUAGUUCAACAACUAAAGGCAGGAUGUCUAGUAUUUUGGCCCCUGAAUUGAGGUCUGUGUAUCCAUCGCCGAUUCCUGUUCAGGGCUCGAGAUGACACCUGAAAAUUGUCUUUUGAAGCUUGAAACUUGGCCGGGAUCCUCAAUUUUGAAAUUGUUAGCUUGAAACCUUUACAAGACUCAUGGGAUUUUGUCAGAAAUCAUAUGAUGUGACUCCCCAUGUAAAAUGUCCAGCCUCAGCCCUGACAUGGAAGUUGUCAGUUUGCACCUGAAACUAGGUCGAACUUUCAUGUACUCAUCAACUGAAUUGAGCUUAUUUGUUUUCAUCAUAAUUAACUGAAAUUGUAUUCGAAUGUUGUUCUGUAACACUCCGUUUCACAUUAAUUAGAACUGAUUACCUGUACAAAAUGUGUCAUCACCAUACAAAAAUCAGUUACUAGUAAAACUCACGACAGACUAUAGCAGUUUUCAUAUGCAUAGAUGUGCAAUAUGUAUCGCAGACAACAAAUAUUGCUAGUCUUUUGGGUUUAUCAUUCUUGCCUGUGGCAAAGUCAUUUGUCACUGCAAUAUGCAAUAAUAUACUACCUGUUUGAUUUUAUCGCGCAUCUUCGAUAAAUUUUUCAAGUCUGCAGCACACUUUAAUAUGACAACCAGUUUACAUGGUGAAGGAUAAUCUUUGUCUGGUCAUGUUUAUGUUAUCAGGAGUCAUCAGUGUUGGAUCAGAUACCAAAACAAUGAUUCCACUGCUGCAAUGACUCCGUUGCAUCUGCAAUGACUUAAAUGCAGACAGGCGAUUUUUGAUGAGUGUGAUCAAGAUCGCAGGUAUGCUGUUCAGUCUGUAGUUUGUCAGAAGUCAUUCCAGAUGUUUUUCACGACCCAGCCGCUCUGUUGCACAGUUCAAGGAUGUGAGUAUCUACUGGUGGUCAUUUAUACCAAAUGUAAUUACAGAAUUCCCAGUCUACAUAGAGGGCAGUUCUGGCAGGAAUCAGAAAAUGUGCUCAUCUACCAACUGUUAGCGCUUUCUGAUUUAGUCCUGAGGUGCCUUCUACAGGGGAAAUCUGUAAUACUUUGAUGUUGGCCAGUAACUCACACUUAGCCUUUAAAGAAAAAUAAUCGCCAAUUCUUGAAAGUAGUGCAAUGUUAAAUGUGAUUGCGUCUUUUCUUGUCUUUCCUGUGUUGGGACAACAUUGGUACCUCAGAUUACGUUGCAAGUUUAUUUUCUGCAUAAUGCAUUUAAUUUUCAUGUUAAAUCAUUGUCUUUAAAUGUUAUCAGCUCAAUGUUAAAAAUGUGAAUGUGGGAAAUUACCAAACUCAUGUACAUUUUCAGCAGAAAAUUCAGCAAAAUUUUUGAAUUUGGAAAUUUCCCACACAACUUCAUGCCUUGCACAGAUCCUUUAUAAACAUACUAGGAGAACACUAGUAGAGGUUGUCUGGAAGGUUUAGUUUGGGUUGUAAAGUAUGGUUACGGUUAACAUGUGUCCAAUGGCCUUCUGCAGGCCUCAAAAUUUGUUUCUUAUUAAGGACAUAACACUUUUCGCCAAAAUAACGGCACACUUUUGUUAGUUUGUGGAAAAGGUUUUUCCGUUUUGGGUGAAAUUGUGUGUUACCAAUGUGUUCAUUGAGAAGAAUUUGAGCUCAGCUAGCUGGGCUACUUCUUCAAGAUCUGGAGUAAUGGGACGAAUUUGUUCUGCGCAAUUGAUCCCAAUGUAUAAAAGCAACUGAAUUCUUUAGAAAUUUACGACUGUUUUUGAUGAAAAAGUUUUCAUCAACACAUGUAAAUACUACUGAUCCUGAAAGGGUCAGACCCUAUGUUUCAUUUUCUUUCUGUAACAGUUGAGUAAACAGCCAAAUAAAAACUUAAGGCCUUAAAAUUAACAUAAAUUAACAUAAAAUUUGUAUCAUCUGCAAUGUAGCAUACAUGUUAUAUGUGCUGUAUGCAAGUAUCAAUGCAUGCCUUGUGCUGACACUCCUCAAGCUAAUGAUGCAACAAUGUCACAAACAUUUUGAAGCUUUGGGGCAAUUUGUCUCAGCGGGCUGUUGAAAUCUUGUUGCAACAUUACAGUGUGUCUAUGUUGAUGAAAACAUGAUAAAAUGGUGUCGUAUAUGUCAACUUGGGCAGAGGGUGAAAACUUGCCAAUCCUGUUUUUGACUGUAGCUUUACUACAAGAUUGAGAGGUCUAAGUACUCCUACCUUGAGGAGGGGGUACAAGAUGCAUUGAUAUAUGCAUAAGGGGGAACCCAUCGUACAUCCUCAAGAGAUGUUUAUCAUAUUGUUGUAGCAUUAGUUUAUACUGUUUCGUUCGUCAUCAACAAUUUUAUUAUCAUGUUCAAACACACAGCAGGCCAAGCAUGGGUCCAAGUGUUGUGUAUAAACCAAAGUUGAAGUCGUUGAUAUAUUAAUCAAAUAAAUAAAGAAUUUAUGUUGUAGUA